UAUACAUUGAAUUAUUAUUUAUAAAGUUUAGUGUACACGAUCUGUCGCUAGACAUAGCACGUGCUCCAGUUUUGUUCACGCCAAUUAUUUUCGCGUGAAAAAAUAAUUUACGAAAAUUAACAAACAAAAAUAUGUUUAUAAAAAUAUUGUGCAUUGUUAAAAUGUUUGGAAUUCAGUGACAUAUUUGGUAUCAACAUUUUUUGAUUUGUCGUAAUUUCCAGUAGUUCCUCCAAAUUCGCAAGACGGGGUCUAAGGCACCAACCCUCCUGAGCUACCGGCUUGUUCGGGCAGUGGUCGCGACGUCGGACCUGGGGUACCCCAUGUUCUUUCAGCACCUCUUCGCCAUCACGCGUCUCGGAAGGUCGCCAAGAAAAAAAUCCCUCAAAUCGCACGUUUUCGUCUCGCCGUAGUCAUCGGACCAAGUUUUCCUAACCCUGACUUUUCGCUUCGAGUUCGGGUCCGUGUUAACUCUGCAGAGAUUUAUUCUCGUUACCUGUUAGUUUUUUCGUGUUUAGUGCUGUUUUAUUUGGUUGGCAACAAUGAAUAACAGGCAGAAAAUGAACUUGAGGAAGCUGAGCUUCCUAGGAUUUAAGAGUUCUUCUGCUAGGAAUGAUGGAAGUAGUAAUGAUGGAGAAGUACAGCUGGACGAGGAGUGCGCAAAAGUCUUCGCAAUGGACAAUGAUGUCAAUUUGUUUGAUAUUAAUAAAUUCCAUGAUGUACCCGCCCCUGGCAUGCCGAGGCAGUAUGGGGAAAAAGAAUACACCCAGCACCGCAAAAGGAGCUACCCCCACAUGCACGCUCCGCUCAAACUGGGCUCAAAAUCCAUGAGGCGUCGCUCCAGCAGCCAAACCACUCCAUCCAACUCCACCCCGUUGAGUCUGAGCCCCCCUCGGGACACCGACGACUACCUCCCUGACUCCCCCUCCCUUAAAACCACCGAGGCCCCGGCGAGCGAUACGCCCCUGUCCUCCGUCCGGUCCAGGAUCGACUCGGACACCGGACAGCUCAACUCGGACAUCUUAGAGGAGACGGACGAAGCUGACAGUGAAUCUGAGUCGGAAUGCGUGCUGUCAGAUCCUUGCAGUUACCGUCAUCAUGAUGACGAUGACGAAGUGUCGCCCGAAAGAAAAGUGUCCUUUAUCAAUGAAAUCAAGGACCAGUUUGAUGUCAAUGGCUUGAAGGAAAAGAAAAAAAGGCGUCAUCACCACACGCACCACCCGAAAUUCCGCAAGUUCUCGUUGCCGGACGACCCGUCGAAGCGCCACCAUCACCACCAUCACCGCGACAAGGCCGACGGCGGCGGUUUCAACAAGAACCGCCGCGUCUCCACCCAGCCCGAGGACGAGACCCUCUGCGAACCGGACCUCAACCAGCUCGAAAGCCACCGCUCCGACAAUUUCAGGAGGCACAGGAGCUCGAGACCCAGUCAGGCCUCCAUUCUGCAUAUCGGGAAAGGCGCCGAGCUCCAUCCUUCGCUGAAGAAGCUGUACGAUCACAGUCCCCAUGCGAUAUUCGUUGAAUUGGACGAGCUGUUCACAACAGUCGACGAACGCGAAUGGAAAGAGACAGCGCGAUGGAUCAAAUACGAGGAAGACGUCGAGGAAGGCGUGGAUAGGUGGGGGAAACCCCACGUGGCCUCCUUGAGUUUUCACAGCCUCCUGAACUUGAGGAAGUGCCUUGAAGAUGGCGUGGUGCUUCUGGAUAUGGAGGAAAGAGAUUUACCGGCAGUGGCGUAUCGUGUAACCGAGGAAUUAUUUCGUGAAGAGUUUAUCAGGGAGGAAGAUAAGGGGAAGAUUAUCAGGGCACUUUUGUUGAGGCACAGGCACGUCAAUGAACAUCAUGAGAGGGGUUUCAGGUUUCCUAAGAAGCAGAGCUAUACGUCUUUACAAUCGCUGUGGUUGGAAGACGGAGUCAGCUACGACGCGGUGAUGAUGGCCCGGUGCUCCGUGUGUUCUGCGCAGGGGUCCCUGUGCGCCCCACACGCCCUGCCCCGCCUCUCUUCUUACCCACACAACCUCUACGACGCAGACAAGCGCAAAAUCAGCUACCCCAUCCUGGAGAACCUGCUGAAGAACGGCGACGCGGAAAACUUCACCGCGGUGGAGAUAAAGGAGGAAACGUACGCCACCAGCAACGAGGACGUCAGGAGGGCGCACAACGACACGAUCCUGCGGAAGAUUCCCGCGGGUGCCCAGGGUUCCUCCGUCCUCGUGGGAGAGGUCGAUUUUCUCGAGCAACCCGCCAUAGCGUUCGUCAGACUGGCCGAAGGGGUGGUCAUACCUUCCCUGAUCGAAGUCAACAUUCCCGUGAGGUUCAUUUUCAUCCUGCUGGGGCCCAAGUUGGCCAACAUCGACUACCACGAGGUGGGAAGGUCCAUUUCGACUCUGAUGGCGAACCAGCAGUUUCACAACAUCGCUUACGGCGCGAACAACCGCAAGGCGCUGCUCUCGGCCAUCAACGAGUUUCUGGACGACAGUAUAGUGCUGCCACCUGGCGACUGGGAGCGGCAGGCGCUGCUGCCGAUCGAAGAAAUCAAGGCUAAAAGCGACGCCAUAAGGCGGCGGAAAGAGAACGCUCUGCAAAAAGCCGAUGAGGCGAGAGGGAUAACCAAGCCGUUGAUUACGCAAGAUGGAGAAAAGAAGCCGCCAUAUCCGAACCCCCUGGAACGCACCCGAAAACCGUGGGGCGGGCUGAUAAACGACCUGAAACGCCGCUACCCGCACUACCUGAGCGACCUGCGCGACGGCCUUAACGCGCAGUGCGCAGCCGCCUCGAUCUUCAUGUACUUCGCGGCCGUGUCGGGCGCCAUAGCCUUCGGCGGGCUGCUGGGCGACAAGACCCAGAACCUGAUCGGCAUCCCGGAAACGCUUCUGUCCACUUCCGUGGCCGGUUUGGCCUUUGCUUUGCUCGCCGGCCAACCGCUGGUCAUCAUAGGCACCACCGGGGGAUUGUUGUUGUUCGACGAGAGUCUCUUUCAAUUCUGCACGCUGUACAACAUGGAGUUCCUCACCACCAGGGUCUACAUAAGCAUUUGGUUGGCCCUGAUAGGGCUCGUGGUGGCCUGUCUCGAGGGCAGCGUCUUCGUGAAACUCUUCACCAGAUUCACCGAGGACAUUUUUUCCGCCCUCAUCGUCCUCCUCUACAUCCUCGAGAGCAUCAUGAAAGUAAUUUUCAUCUACGGCAGGCACCCGCUACUUUCGAACUACUGCGAAGUGGAAACACUUUUUUUCGCCGAAAAUGGUACGGAUUAUAACAACACUGAGACAGUUAAAACCCAGGACGAUUUCGGCCCCGUAAAUCAAGCCAACACGGCCCUGUUCUGCACCAUCUUAACCCUGGGCACUUUCAUCAUAGCCUACUACCUGAAGAUGUUCAGGAACAGCCAGUUCUUGGGAAGAAGUGCUAGAAGAGCUCUGGGCGACUUCGGCGUUCCGAUCGCCAUUAUAAUGAUGGUUUUCGUGGAUUACAUGACUCCGGAAGUUUUCACGGAAAAACUGAACGUUCCCCAGGGGCUGUCGCCUUCGGAGCCGGAGCAACGGGAAUGGUUUAUAUCGCCGGACGGUAGGAACCAACCGUUUCCCGUAUGGGUCAUGUUUGCUUCCGCUAUUCCCGCUCUUUUGGUUUAUAUUUUGCUGUUUAUGGAGACACACAUUACAGAACUUAUCAUCGACAAAAAGGAACGCAAGCUAAAAAAGGGCAGCGGCUUUCACCUCGACAUCGUGCUCGUCUGCCUCAUAAACCUCAUGUCGGGCUUCUUCGGCAUGCCGUGGCUCUGCGCGGCGACGGUGCGCAGCAUAGCGCACGUCUCCGCGCUCACGGUGAUGUCCCGAACGCACGCCCCUGGCGAAAAACCCUACCUGGUGGAGGUGAAGGAGCAAAGGAUGUCCGCCUUCUGCGUGGCCCUGCUCAUAGGGCUCUCGGUUCUCAUGGCCCCUCUGCUGAGGUUGGUGCCUAUGGCGGUCCUUUUCGGUAUUUUUCUGUACAUGGGGGUGGCAUCCAUAGAUGGUAUACAGUUUUUUGACAGGAUUAAACUGUUGUUUAUGCCUGUCAAGCAUCAUCCAAACACCACGUAUGUAAGAAGGGUCAGAACGGCGAAAAUGCACCUGUUCACGUGUGUUCAACUGAUGUGUCUCGUUGUUCUAUGGGUCGUAAAAUCAACCAAGGCAUCAUUGGCCUUCCCGUUCUUUUUAAUCCUCAUGGUACCUUUAAGGGCACAACUGAAACAUAUUUUCACUCCACCAGAACUAAGAGCGUUGGAUGGAGACCAAGUGGAUGUAGAAGAAGACGAGCCGGAUUUCUAUGCAGAAGCCCCACUUCCGGGUUAAACCAUGCGAUUUUCCGUUUCCCCAGUAACAUAAGUAAGCCUAUACGUUAUACAGUAUGGUACUAAAAUCAGUGUCAUUUGUCUAUAGUAGCCAAAAAUCGUUUGGCACUAACUAUAAUAGGAGUUAAAACAGUAUUAAGUGCAGAAACGUCGUCUAUUUUACAUGUUUAGAGAUCUAUUUUUAUUGUACAGAAGGUGCUGAAGGUAAUGCAAAUCAGGGGAUUUUGUACCUACAAAAAACGAGCGAUAGAAAUAUUUUAAUUAUUACGAAUGCAAAAAUCAAAGGCAGUAUUACAAUGUGCUAAAAUACAAUAACUAAUACAUAAUAUAUUUUUAUUAAAGACCAAUAAUUAAUUAUUUAUAUUUACUAAAGAAAAAAGCCAGGUAAAUUGUACAAAAUGAAACGUUUUCCUAUAUACACUGCAUAAGGAUUUGGUUUUUGGGAUUUCUUAAAUAUUUUAAAUGUUACGUUACUUUUUGUUUGUUAUUUUACUAACCCAAAUUUAUCAGGGUAAAAUUUGAGUUCUCAAAAUACCCUGACAUGUUAAACAUGUUAAAAUUAAAGACAAUUUGUUUGGGAUAUUUUAUAUAAAAAAUUUUAACCAAUAAUUUUACAAUAAUUUUAAUAUUAGUAUAAUUUACUUACUUAUUAGAAGACUGUGAUGAAAUGGCCCCGAAAGGUGCGGUGAGAUGCCUUGUAGGUAGUUUUUAAGUUUCAGUUAACUUCAUCAGCACUAAGCUUCGAUAUUUUAUUUUUUCGUAGAAUAAGAAAUGUACAAAUCAUUUUUUUUUGUACUCGUUUUAGAUUUCUACUUCUUAAAUAUUUAGUAAAACUAUAUAUAGGAUUAUAAGAUUGUUAUUGAACCCCUCAGAGUGUUGUUAGAUUUAUCAAAUUCCAGAUUUUUAGAUUUUAGGAAAUAAACUUAAUAGUAUUUCUAACUGUGAUUAAAAAAGAUAAUGUCUAUUCUAUUUCUAUAA